AUGUCUCAAGACCACCGAAAAUUGGAUGCCAAAAGUAUUUGCAAUUGCAUCAUGCCACUGGUGAAAGAUAGCCCAAUCAUUCCUGUGUCGACAUUGAUUGCAGACAUGCAAGCUCGAUUUCAGUACAGAGUGUCAUACAGGAAAGUGUGGUGGGCGAAACAAAUGGCCAUCCAACAAUUGUACGGCGACUGGGAUGAGUCAUACAAUGAACUUCAGAGUUGGAUUUCAGCAAUGGUAGAGUAUGUCCCAAGAACUGUCGUGGACUUGCAAACGUUGCCUUAUAGAGGCCCUAAUGGAGAAUUAGAACUGGGAAAAAUAGUGUUUCGUCGACUGUUCUGGACUUUCGAUCCAUGUGUUAGGGCCUUCUCCCACUGCAAACCGGUAGUGCAAGUUGAUGGAACAUGGCUUUAUGGAAAAUACACGCAGAUACUUCUGAUUGCUGUUGUACAAGACGGUAAUAGAAAUGUACUACCAAUCGCUUUUGUCAUCGUAGAGUUAGAGAACUCUGAAUCAUGGGCAUAUUUCAUUCGAAACUUACGGAGACAUGUUGUCAGGCAAGAUAACAUUUGCAUUAUAUCUGAUAGAUCGAAAGGUCUUGUUGCUGCAAUUCGGCAAUCGGAGGUUCCGUGGAGGUCUGUCUAUUGUAUUCGUUACAUCGCUGUGAACUUCCACAAUGAGUAUAAGAACAGAGACUGGCGCAAACGAAUUGUCAACAUGGGGUAUGAGCUGGAACCACACCGAUUUAGACAUAAGUUGGUGAGGUUAGAGACUGAUAUGGCGGGCUACAAACCUUCUCUUACACAGUGGUUGAGUAGCAUGGAGCCGUGGCAAUGGGCUCAAUGUUUUGAGGACGGGUACCGUUAUGGCCACAUGACAACUAACCUUGUUGAGGCCGUUAACUCCGUCUUAAGGCGUACGCGUCACUUGCUAAUUUCAGCUGUUUUUUCAGCCACAUUUUAUAGGUUAGCAACCUUAAUGCCAAAAAUUGGGUUGAAACAAGCAAAACAGUUAGAGGCAGGACACGUGUACGUCGAAAAAAUCAGAAAUGCCAUGAAAGAUAACACUCAAAGAGCUAGGUUGAUGAAUGUAGAACUAUAUUCUCGAAAUUUGGAAACUUUUCGAGUGACAGAGUAUAUCAAUCGUCGGUCAGGGAUCCCGCCAUGA